AAAUUUUACUGACAAGCGAACGCCCGUUGGGCUAUAUUUAGCAGCACCUGGCACUGUAUGUUCAUCGUCACAAUCAACUAAAGAUUUGAUUUUUAAAGAGCUCUGUUUUUUAACAAUGGCGGAUGAGGUUGUUCUCUUGGAUUUCUGGUCAAGCCCUUUUGGAAUGAGAGUCAGAAUCGCUUUCGCCGAGAAGGGUAUUCACUGGGAGUACAAGGAAGAGGAUACGAGAAACAAAAGUCCCCUACUCCUGCAGAUGAACCCGGUUCACAAGAAAAUCCCGGUUCUCAUCCACAAUGGUAAACCCAUCUGUGAGUCUAUGAUCCAGAUUCAGUACAUAGAUGAGGUAUGGAGCGACAAGGGUCCUCCUUUGCUUCCCACUGAUCCUUACCAGAGAGCUCAUGCCAGGUUCUGGGCUGACUAUAUUGACAAGAAGGUGUUUGAAUGUGGGAGGAGGAUUUGGACGACGAAAGGGGAAGCACAGGAGGCGGCUAAGAAAAAGUUCAUAGAAAUCUUGAAGACUUUGGAGGGAGAACUUGGGGAAAAGUCUUAUUUUGGUGGGGAGAGUUUUGGGUAUGUGGAUUUGGCUUUCAUCCCAUUCUACACCUGGUUCGGUGUGUAUGAGAGUUUUGGGAAGAUGAGUAUAGAAGCAGAAUGCCCUAAGUUGUUUAGUUGGGUGAAAAGGUGUUUGGAGAAGGAGAGUGUUUCAAAAUCUCUGCCUGAUCAAGAUAAAGUAUACGGCUUCGCUUUGGAACUCAAGAAGGCUCUUGGGAUUUGAGUUUUGAGAAACUUCAAAACCCUUGUUCCAUUUCCAUUAGGGUUCAUCCUCCAAGUAUGGAUUAAAAGAGGUUCUUGAUCAACUACUGUAUUUUUCUAGUCUUUUACUGUUGUUUAGGAAUCAAGGAGGUCUCCUUUUGUGGAUUUGGUGAGAUGUCUGUCAAUGUUGUGGUGGGGAUAUAUAUGUCAUGUCAAUUUCUUGUGUGUUGUAGACAAAUUAUUUUUCGAGUAAAAAGUCUUCUUUCUUCCGAUAUGAUAGAAA